AUGAAGAUGCUCACCAAGUUUGAGAGCAAGACCCUGCGGGCCAAGGGGGUGGCGUUCCACCCGAAACGGCCGUGGGCACUUGUCUCGUUGCACUCGCUGACUAUCCAGUUGUGGGACUACCGCAUGGGCACCCUCAUCGACCGUUUCGACGACCACACCGGGCCCGUGCGCUGCGUCGACUUCCACCCCACUCAACCCCUCUUUGUCCUGGGCGGCGACGACUACACCGUCAAGGUGUGGUCGCUCAACACCCGCAAGUGCAUCUUCACCUUGAACGCCCACUUGGACUACGUGCGGACGGUGUUUUUCCACAAGACGUUGCCGUGGAUCAUCUCGUGCCUGGACGACUUGACCAUCAAGAUCUGGAACUGGCAGAACCGCCAGGAGAUCGCGUGCUUGACGGGGCACAACCACUACGUGAUGUCGGCGCAAUUCCACCCGACGGAAGACCUCAUUGUCCUGGCGUCGCUCGACCAGACGGUGCGGGUGUGGGACAUUUCUGGUCUCCGCAAAAAGCACUCGGCCCCCGGCGGCGGCAUGGGCCCGGGAAGCGGCCCCCGCUCGUUUGAAGACCAAUUGACCCGCCUGCAGUUGCCCCAACAGGAUAUCUUCGGCAACGCCAACGCCGUGGUCAAAUACGUGUUGGAAGGCCACGACAAGGGGGUCAACUGGGCCGCGUUCCACCCCACCUUGCCCCUCAUCGUCCUGGCCGCCGACGACCGCUUGGUGAAGUUGUGGAGAAUGCUGGACACCAAGGCGUGGGAAGUCGACACCUGCCGCGGCCACACCGGCAACGUCCUUUGUCUGAUCUUCCACCCCACCCAGGACUUGAUCUUGUCGGUGCUGGACGACAAGACGGUGCGGGUGUGGGACUUGAACAAGCGCACCCCGAUCAAGCAGUUCCGCCGCGAACACGACCGUUUUUGGUUGAUCGCCAACCACCCGCUGAUCAACUUGUUUGCCGCCUGCCAUGACCUGGGGGUGAUGAUCUUUAAGCUUGAGCGUGAACGCCCCGCCCACGCCAUCUUCCAAAACAAGUUGUUUUAUGUCAACGGCGAAAAGCAAGUGCAAGCUUAUGACUAUGCCCGCGACGAGGCGUCGUUGCCGAUGUUGCUGUUGAAGAAGAUCGGCAAGACGUGGUCGUUUAUGCGCACGUUGUCCUACAACCAGCUGGACAACCUGAUCCUCGUCACCCACGGCGAGGGCGAGUCGGGCCAGUACGCGCUCAUCUCGCUCCCCAAAAACGUCACCGGCGCCAUCGAUCCCACCGAUAUUCGCCAGGGCGAAGGCAACUAUGCCUGGUUCAUCUCGCGCAACCGGUUUGUCGUCUACUAUAAGUCCACCCGCACGUUGCAGGUGAAGGACAUGACCAAUAACGUCACCAAGCUGAUCACCCUCGACUCGCUGGUGAACGAGGUGUUGUACGGCGGUCCCGGGCGGGUGUUGCUUGUCAAGCUGAACGCCGUCAUUAACUACGACGUCCAACAACGCAAGGAACUCAACGAGGUCGCCGUCAACAACGUUAAGUACGCCGUGUGGCUGGGCGACGGCCAGCACUUGGCGCUUUUGUCGAAGCACACCAUCACCAUCGUCACCAGCCAGAUGGAGUUGGUGACGCUGUUGCACGAGACCAUCCGCAUCAAGCUGGCGGCGUGGGACGACGCCACCGGCGUGCUUGUGUACCUGACGCUCAACCACAUCAAGUACAUCCUCUUAAACGGCGAUCUGGGCAUCAUCAAGACCCUUGCCAACACCGUCUACGUCACCCGUGUCGCCGGUACUAAGGUGUACUGCUUAAACCGUCAAGGCGAAGUCGAAGUGCAAACUAUCGACCCCACUGAAUACCGCUUCAAGAAGCUGUUGGUGUCAAAGCAAUACGGCGAAGUCUUGCGUCUUAUCAAGCACCUGAACCUUGUCGGGCAAAACAUCAUUGGCUACUUGCAAAAGAAGGGCCACCCCGAAGUGGCGCUUCAAUUUGUCCGCGACCCCGAAACCCGGUUUGACCUUGCCCUCGAGUGCCUGAACCUUGACGUCGCUCGCGAAGAAGCGGAGAAGUUGGACAAAAAGACCGGCGGCAAAUCGCCCCAAGUGUGGGAACGUCUUGGUCAGGAAGCGUUGCUCCAAGGUAACUUGGAGGUGGUGGAAGAAGUGUACAAAAAGCUUCAUCAACUUGAUAAGUUGUCGUAUCUCUACUCGCUUAGAGGUGACCGCGAGCACUUGGGGUUGAUGGCGAGAGUGUCGGAAAACCAGGGCGACUUGCUGGCGCUCGUGCAAAACACCCUCUACUCUGGCGACAUCAAGAAGCGUUGCCAGGUGUACAUUGAACUGGGGAUGCUUCCCUUAGCCUACACUUUGGCUCAAAGCCACGGCUUGUUGGAAUUGGCUCAGGAAAUUCUUAACCAGGCCGGUGUUGAUGCUAGCGAAGUGCAAUUGCCCGAGAUUAGUGCCCCCAACCAGCUCCCCACGCCGGUGGCUUCUCCCGUGACCAACUGGCCCCUCAAACAACAGGAACUCACAUUCUUCGAACUGGCUUUGAUUAACGGCCAUGUCGAAGACGCCCCCACCGAAACCAUACUGACAGCUAAGUCAGCGGUGGUUGUCGACGAGGACCAAUUUGAGGAUGCCGAAGACGCUGAAGAAGAGGACGGCUGGGACUUGGACGAUGACUUGGUCAACGACGAAGAGUUUUUGAAGGAAGCCCUGGUAGACCCAGCGGCUGGGGUGUCGGUACAAGGUGCCAAUGAGCUUGCCCACUGGUUGCGGAACGCUAAGACUCCCGCCACCUACGUCGCUGCCGGUGAGUUCGAACAAGCGGCGCUGUUACUUAAUAAGCAGGUUGGGGUGACCAAUUUCGCUCCGUUAAAGGCUCGCUUCCUCGAAGUGUACGCUGCUAACAAGUUGUACCUUCCUGGGUUUGACGACUUGCCCCCGAUUCCGACAUUCAUCCGAGCUGAUAACGACGAAGACGACCCCAACAAAUUCUUGCCGUUGGUUCCCGGCUACGCCCAAUUGGACGCCAUGGUGCAGCAAGCGGUGAACUCGUUCCACCCCGAACGGUUGCCCGAUGCGAUCACCAAGUUCCGCAACAUCAUCUACACCAUCACCGUGUUGACCGUCGCUGAUGAGGACCAGGAGGCCAAGUGUAAGGAUGUGUUGGCGUUGUGUCGCGAGUACAUUCUUGCGUCGCAAAUCGAGCUUGAACGGAAAGCGUUGGACGCUAAGAACAAGCCCGAAAACGUCAAGCGCAACUUGGAGCUUGCGGCGUACUUCACCCGUACCCACUUGCAACAAAACCACAAGAACAGUGCUUGGCUUGUGGCCAUGACCGAGAUGGCCAAGUACAAGAACUACGCGAUGGCGCUGUACUUUGCCGACAAGAUCCUUGAGAAUGCCGGCAAGCUGGGCGGCAAGCGGGUGGAAACGGCGAUGAAGAUCAAGAAGAUCGCCGAACAAAUGGCGCGCGACGCCGUCGAGAUCGACUUCGACCCUUACGCCGACUUUGAGGUGUGCUGCGGGUCCCACACCCCCAUCUACGCCGACGAGCCCCGGGUCCACGAGGCGUUGGUCGGGGCGGUGUACAAGCCCGAGUUCAAGGGCGAAGUCUGUCGCAUCACCGAAAUCACCAAGAUCGGGGUGCCGGCGCUGGGGUUGCGUAUCCGCGGGUGA